CUCGGCGGCAGCACAGCCUCAUGGGAAUUGUAGUCCUUUCGACCGGUAUCCCUGCGGCCAAGGAGGGGGCGGGACGGAGGUGCGGCCUCCACGAAGAGGAGGAGCCGGGGAUAGCCGUGCGGCUCAGGGACCCUUCUCUUCCAGUCCCCGUACCGCCCAUGUUCUCCUGUUUCCCCUCUGGUCGAAGGAGGCUCGGCAUCGCUCCCGCGGGGCAGCCGGGAGCCUAAACUACGGAUCCCGCCGGGGCAAGGGAGGGGCCGUAGGGCACGGACUGCGCUCGCGAGAGGGCGCGUGCGCGGCUUCCCCGGCAGCUCGGCCCCUCUCUCGGCAGCAGAAUUUGUCAGACAAGAUGGGAAAAGGCUGCAAGGUUGUCGUUUGUGGAGCCAUAUCUGUGGGGAAAACUGCGAUUUUGGAGCAGCUUCUUUAUGGGAAUCAUGUUAUUGGAAAGGAAGGCAGGGAGACAGUGGAAGAUGUGUACGUGGCAUCGGUGGAAACUGACCGAGGGGUGAAGGAGCAGCUCCGCCUUUAUGACACGCGGGGUCUGCAAGAGGGCGUCGAGCUGCCCAAACACUACUUCUCCUUUGCUGAUGGCUUUGUGCUGGUCUACUGUGUGAAUGACAUGGAAUCCUUUCGAAGGGUGGAGACGGUCAAGAGGGACAUAGAUCGGUUCAGAGACAAAAAAGAGGUAGUAAUUGUGGUCUUGGGAAACAAAUCUGAUUUAUCUGAGCAAAGGCAAGUGGAUGCUGACAUGGCGCAGCUGUGGGCAAGGAAUGAGCGAGUGAGACUGUGGGAAGUGACCGUGACUGACCGCAAGACGCUGAUUGAGCCCUUCAUCCUCUUAGCCAGUAAGCUCACCCAGCCCCAGAGCAAAUCAACGUUCCCCCUGCCUGGAAGGAAGAACAAAGGCAGUGCCACAAAUGACAAUUAGGUGGUAUCACAGUAAAAUGGCGUCUGGGCAAACAAUGGCCUCGUUCUGGACUCUGGGGAAGUGUGAACAGAUCUAAAAUCUUAAGCUGUGGCCUAGAGUGUGCGCCUUUCCCCUUGGGAAACAGGGCCAACCAGCUCUCCGAAAGCACUUUAUAUCCUUAAUGUUAUAAUUUAUAAAGCUGGGUGGGAGGGAGGGGAGA